AUGGUUCAAGGGACUAGUUUAUGUCGCAAUUACAACAUUGACUCAAUUGAGACGUCUGGUGUUUCGAUGAUUCUCUACCAAUCCUUUAUUCGUAUUGGGUAUGAUUUCGACAACAUCACUCGUGUGGAGGACAAUAUGAAUUCCCUUAUAAAUUUCGGUAGGGCAAGUGAUGAAGUCUUCCUCAUCAACCAAGCAGCAGCCAUUUACAUCUUCUUCAUCACCAUCUCUUCUUUAUCUCUCAUCUCAAUCUCAGCCAUCAUUAUCAUCAUCGUUGUGACAUCGGAGUUGACGUCACGUUGUGGUCGUGAUUGUUAUACGUGGUUGGUUUCGUCGUCGUUCAUCACCGGAUUGUUAGAAGAAAACAGUUCAAGUGGUGGAAUUGGUGAUCCGUUUCCCGUCACGUCUGAAGGAUUUUGGGCGAGUUCUCAACGGUUCUGCGUAGAUCUCGUUCCCAAGUUUUCAGAAUAGUUUUCGGAUCUAAAAUCGGAGGUAGAGGUUUUAAAGAUCUAUUUCCCGACGGAUCUGAAAGAAUCAGAUCGUGAGUUUGGUGUCGUUGGAAAGAUCUUGAGGAGAGAAAAAAGUAGCAAAUUUCGUUUUCACGAUCCAAGGUAAGAUCCAUUCGCAAAAUGACUUACAAGUUAGUGAAAAAUCACAGUUUCCCUGAACCCAGAAAAAUACUAAGUGUCAGGAACAUUGCAGUUUCAUCUUAAGGUUUUUAGGAGGCGUUUCUGGUCACCCCGGAGCAUAAUUAGACCAAGCGACGGUGGAUACCGGUAGAGGAAGUGUUAGGGAAGACACGGAACUUUUUGUCGUCACUAGGAAAGGUAUACCCUAGCUGCCAUGUCGAUUGCUUGUUGAGCAAGAAUCAGCUGUUUUGUGAAAACUGCAGAAACCCUAAUUUGUCUUUGUGCUGUUUUCUUGUGCUGCAAGUUUCUUGUCAAGGAGUUUCCAACCUUUUUUUUUUAUCCCAAAUUCAGUGAGGGUGUGAUCUGCGGAGAUUCGAUUACAUGUUUCUAUUUUUAUGCUUCAUGAUUCAUUGCAUUGGAAUAAAUCUGUUUGCUUAGUAAUAAUGAAUUAUUAUUUAAGAUUGAUGAUAUGAUGCGUGUUAUAGUAAUAUAAGAUGAUUGAAUUAUUGUACUUGUGAUAACAAGUAAAUUAUAUGAGUUAUAUGAGAAAGUAGAAUCACAAUGAAAAGUGGAACAGUGGAAAAUGGUCUACAUUGAAUUGACGGGUUCUUUGUAGCUCAAUAAAAGACUGACGAGUCCAGUGGAACUAGAUAGGUUCAAAGGUCAGGGAGAUGAUCGGACCUGGUUAUGAUGUGGAGAUCUUGCUUAAGCAAGAAUGAGUUGUGUGUUAUAGGUUUGCAUAGUGAUGCAGACUAUAUGAGUGUUGUGUCUAUUUUCUAGGUGAUUGUUGAUUGUGGUUUAAAGGUAGAAUCGUGUAUCGUAUUUCCAGUGGGCGGAAAGGAUCCUCUCACUGAGUAAUUCUUUACUCACCCCUUUCUUUUCCCUUUUUCCCAGGUCACAUUGAGAAUUGUGUGUAGUCGCUCAAGUCCGUCUUGCUUAUGGUGUAUUUUGGAAACCUCAGAUUUAUUUUCUAAUAUUGUUAUUUUCUUAUACGAUUUAUUAAAUAGUUUUCAGUGAUUUAAAAUUAUUUGUAAGACAAUUUUGUAUUUGAAUUAAGAAAGUGAAAUAGACGAAAGAUAUAAAUAAAAAAGAUAUAAAUAAGGUGAAAGCACGCCGUCUCAAUGUUGAGGGAGACGGGUGUGACAGUUUCACUCUUCUUAAAUUUCCUUGGUAUAUACAUAAUCCGCAUGCCAAGUUUGCUGUAAAUGUGACUGAAGCGUUUGGUGCCAGUGGAUAUCCAGAAGACAGAAUCUGCAUCUACUUCAGAACUCGAAGUAGUGUCUCAGCCUAAUCAAGUUGGAGGGUGAAAAAAUAUGUUUACCUAUAUGACUCUCUCGCGCUACCCUUUAUGCGUGUUUCUCCAACAAAUAAAAGAAAACUCUUGAGCAAUAUCGAUUUCUCAUUCUCGUAUUUUUUUUUUUUUUUUUUCUUCUCGUUUAGUUAAAGAAAAAAGUUUUGUUUCAAUAUCAAUAUCGGUUUGGUGUUCUAUAAAAGUGAACGUAAUUACCC